GCGGCAGGCAGGCACUUGGCAUUUUUUGCCGCCCCCGCUCUCAUCUUCUUUCGCCUUCUCUGUGUCUCGCCCGGCUGCGAACAUGGCGCGCUAGACGACCCAAAACGAACGACAUGGACCAACUCGACUCAACUUGCUACAUCUGUGAGUACUCGAGUCGACAUCUAUCAUCAUGGGAGCCAUCAACAGCGUGCGACGAUUGACCAUCCAGUGCCUUGGGUUGCUGGAAGCACUUGAGCCCACCACCGUGGAAAUCGAGAACAAAGCGACGGCCAUUCACGUCAUGCAAUCAUUGAUUCGAGACAAGUGGCCUCAUCUGACCCUUCGACCGUUCGGGUCGUCUGAAAAUGGGUUUGGGUGCGGCUCGAGUGACCUCGACAUCGGCGUGUUCUUCGAUCCGCCUGCGCUCGUCAACUCGCUGUCAUGGAAUGAUCGCCUCCAAGUCCUGGCCUCCAUCGCGUCCAUCCUGACCUUGCACGACGGCAUGGAGCUGCAUCAGUUUAUUUUUCAUGCGCGGGUGCCGCUGGUGAAACUAUGGGACAGCCGGCGCAAGCUUGCCAUCGACAUUAGCAUUGGCAGUAGCCAUGCUGUGGGCAACACACUUCUGUUGAAACGAUAUGGCGAGAUGGAUCCCCGCGUACGCCCCCUGGUCUUUGCCGUCAAACACUGGGCCAAGCAGCGCGGCCUCAACGACGCGUCCAACGGCACCCUCAGCUCAUACGGUGCCGACCUCUUUCUUCUUCCUCCAUCAUGUGGUUAACUCACUGGAACCCUUUGUAGCUUGGAUCAUGCUGGUGCUGUUCUUUUUACAGUCCCGAGGCAUCCUGCCUGCCUUGAACCCCACAGACGAAUCUGACGACUGCGCUAGUAGUAGCUUGACAUCUCCGACCAGCUGUAGCAGCGGCGGUAGCCACUCUUCCGUUUCUAGCUCGCCGCCCAGCGACCACCAGCAGUGCAUCCACCCCAUAUUAUGCAGCCAUCCACCUACUACUCCACCAAGUGGCAUGCUCUCGUCCACCAGUGGCGGGGAGUCGGUGGGGUCCCUUCUCGUCGGGUUUUUUCAAUUCUACGCGUUCGACUUUGACUAUCGCUGCGACGUGGUGAGUUUGCGAUGUGGUCAGGCACUGCCCAAGCAUGCCAAAUGGGGGCUCGGGCUCGGCACGUGGCGCUUCUCCAUUGAAGAUCCGUUGGACGUGCAUCAUGACGUCGCCCGCGUCAUCUUUCACCCGAAAGGCCAGGCGCGCCUCCUCGACGAACUUCGCCGCGCCGCCGCCAUGACCACCAUGGCCACGUGUCAGCUGGACGACUUGUGCGCGGCUCCGUCGUCGUCGAGUUGCUUUAUCUGCGAUGCGCCAGGUCACGCCCCUCGCGACUGUACAGCUUCCUCCUCGUCCUCCAUCAACAUGCCGCCGCCCCCGAGGAACCUCUCGACGAUAUCGUCGGACAGUUCCAUAGGAAGUCCUACGACCGCCACGCGAAGUCCAUUGCCGCCGCCGCCGCCGCUGCGAGCCGUGCCGCCCCACGCCAAAAUGCUCAAACGACCACGACGGCGCUCCAAGUCGAAAGGCGGCGCGAAAAAGAAACUUCUCGUCGCGUGGCGCAGCACCGUCGGGUCGUGAAAUACACACAAAAAUGAUUUCUAGUUUAUUUAUUGUAUUCAAAGUGCAAACCAUGAUUUGGCAAUAAUACUGUAUGGUGUCAGGAGUACUUACUGUAGCACUGGUUUGUAGGGACGCUAAAGUAGUACUAGUAUUAGUAUGUUAUAGCAUACUAGUACGUACUACCCGGCGGCUGGCGAAAGAAGUAGAUAGGUCUGUCGAGUAGAGUACCAUCGAACUCGAAAGUCCAGCGAUCGCACAG